CCAGGAGCAUGCUUUUAUUUUGAAAUUCACGCUGGAUGGAACCGUGCAGCUGCCCAAGUCCUUCAGAUAGUAGCGCCGAGGUCACCGGAGGGCCCGGAAAACAGCGGGGAGAGAAGGGAACAACCAAUAAAUGAACCGCUUCAGUGGAAUGGUAAUAAGGACAGGAUGAGCUGCCAAGUCGUGGAUAGAACGCCAAAAUGACACAGGAGACCCUCUCAAGCUCCCAGUUCUCUGUAAAGACUGUUGCCCUGCGCAUGGUUGACCUACCGCUUACUAUCUAUGGAUCUUUGGUACAGGUGAGUGUCAGCCCAGGCACCAAGAAGCUGGUGGCCGCCACAGCCCUUGGUGCCGUGUCGCUCCUCUUGCUUGCACGCCGCUUUCAGAGGAGGAAAGGCAGGAAGAAGGCUCUCUCUGCCCAGUGGCAGCAGCCUGCAGGCUUCGAGUUUCCCUCCACAGCCGACAACGAUAACACCAGUCAAGACAUCACCCUUUCACUUAAUUCAAAAAAUGGCUGCUCCUCUGGUCUGGUGCGCACCGCAGGAAACUACAGAAAACUGUCAGGGUCCCUGCUCAGCCUGGCCUCGGUUAAAAGCAUGAACUCAUCAACCAGCAGCACCUGUGCAAAUGAAUCCACGUGUUGGGAUGUGUCUGGAGACGCUGAUGUCUGCAGUCUUGUCAACUUACCCAUCACCACACCGGAGAACCUGUACCUAAUGGGUAUGGAUUUAUUUGAGGAGGCACUCCUGCGGUGGGAGGAGGCGCUGACAUUCAGGAGCAGACAGGGAGAGGACGAUACAAGCUGCGCCUUUGUCAAAACAGAAGCCAGAGACGCAAUCGCUGAGCAAAGCGUGGAGGACGUCAUCAGCGCAGAGUUCAUCCACAGGCUGAAGUUGCUGCUGCAGAGAGCGUACCGCCUCCAGGAGGAGUUCGAAGGAGUACUGGGAAUGUCAGAGCCUUCAUCCCACAGCAGCAGCCAGGAUAAAAUGGCAGACAUCUGGUCCAGAGAGGAGCUGGAUGAGGCCUGUAUCAGAGACAGUAUCAGCAUCGCCUCUACAGACUCUUUUGUUUCGGCUGCUGAGCUGUCGGAGCAGAGAGAGCUGAGGAGCGUCUUCACUAUGGGCCACCACCCUUUCUACGAGGAGGCGCUAGAGAUGGCAGAGGAGGGCACGAUCUCCUGCAGGGUGCUGCGGACUGAAAUGCUGGAGUGUGCUGGGGACCUAGAUUUCUUGGCCAAGUUGCACUGUGUGCGCCAAGCAUGUCAGCUUAUUUUGUGCGAGAGGACGACCCAGAUGUUUCUGUGCGACACCGGAAAGAAAAUCCUUUCCUCCAUUAUAGUUAAAGCACAGAAGAGCCCUAAGAGAUUUGAGGAAGUGUUUGAAGAGAUGAUUUGGUUUCUGGAGAACAAGGAGCACUGGGAAAACACAGAGGUUGAGCUGGCUACACGAGGGGUGAGGCACUUGAACUUCUAUGACAUAGUGCUGGACUUCAUCCUGAUGGAUUCGUUUGAGGACCUGGAGAAUCCACCAAUCUCCAUCCAGAACGUAAUAAACAACCGUUGGCUUAACAGCUCCUUUAAGGAAACAGCCGUGGCAUCAAGCUGCUGGUCAGUGCUGAAGCAGAAGAGGCGACACAUGAAAGUGCCUGAUGGCUUCAUUGCUCAUUUCUAUGCGGUGUGUGAGCAGAUCAGCCCAGUUCUGGCCUGGGGCUUCCUGGGGCCCAAAAGCUCCUUGCACGACCUCUGCUGCUUCUUCAAGGACCAGGUGCUGCACUUUCUGAAAGACGUUUUCAACCUGGACAAGGUGCGCUACUGCUCAGUGGACACUCUGGCAGAGGAUAUGCUCCACCUGCUGCACGGCCGCUCUGAACUGCUGCUGGCCUACCUGGGAGCCGACUCGUUGAGGGCCCUCAGCGGCUGCAGCUCCCCACAGGUCCAGCUGGUUCCCAGGGGCCUGCUGGAGGCUCGGGUACAGUGAGAGCUAGGAAAAUACAGUGAGCCUGAAACACUACGCAAGGAAACUGAUUGACCAAAGAAAGCUGUUGGUGGCUGUGAAUGCACACAUCUGCUUAGAUUUGCAGUGGAAAGAACUUAAUUAGAAAUCUAUUAUCACAUUUCCAUCACGUCAUAUGCCCUCACUACUGUAUGAGGAGCCAGAAACUGCACCGCCUGCCUUCAUGUGUGUAGUCAUCUGUAGUCCUCAGCUUUUCUCUGUGCCAUCAAGUGAGUUAAUUCUAAACAGUCAUAGCAAUAAUCUUUGUAUCAGAAUUGGUGAGCCAAUUCACAUGCUCGUGUAUUAAAGGUAUUGUGUAAAUUAAGACAUAUUUGCUGCCUUUAGGAGCCAUCUGUGGAAAAAGUGUAUUUUACGUAUUAUACAGCGUAAAUACAGCGUUUACUUUUAUUUUUUUAACUGUAGGGGUGCCUGUGGAUGUGAAUGGAUUUGUGAUCAGCUUCAGUCUUACAUUAGAAGCCCAGCGUUGUGUAAUGAAUCAGAUUCAUUAUGUAUUAACAUUUAAGGCACAUCAGCAAUGCAAAGCCAUUAAAUGUACUUUUUAAAUACA